AUGGAGGAGCAGUGGCUCUACUCCCAGCUCCUCAUGGACGACAGGUCCCGGCCUCGUUACUGCAGACCAGGCCUGGAUCUGCUGGUCUGGCUCCGUCCUACUUCCCCUCAACACAACACGUCCAGAUACACAUGGUAUGCUGAUCGAAUUUUAAUAUUUUUGUGUCUUUGGUUUUUUCAGGUGGACUUUGAGGACAUCAUCGCAGAGCCCGCAGGGACCUACAGCUUCGACGGUGUAUGGAAAGCCAGUUUCACCACGUUCACCGUCACCAAGUACUGGUGCUACCGGCUGCUGACGGCGCUGGUCGGCAUCCCGCUGGCACUGAUCUGGGGAAUCUUCUUCGCCAUCCUGUCCUUCGUGCACAUCUGGGCCGUGGUGCCGUGCAUCAAGAGCUACCUGAUCGAGACCCACUGCAUCAGCCGCGUCUUCUCCAUCUGCGUGCACACCUUCUUCGACCCGCUGUUCGAGGCCAUGGGCAAGUGCUUCAGCAGCAUCCGGAUCCGCCUGUCCAAGGAGGUGUAGCGCUCCUGAAGGAGGAGCAAGAGGAGGAUUCAAGGAUUAUCAGGAGUGGGGAACGG